AUGGCAGUAGAUACUUCUGGUUCUUCUGCAGACCCUGAUGUUGAUGCUCCCCAGGCAACUACCUCCGAGACCCCGCCCAUAACCGCUGAUGCGUUUCCACCACUCGUCGGACGGCAAACUGCUGCGCCAGUUUGUCUUGAAAGUGAAUCUCAGCAAAAGAAAAGGCCGCUGGAACGUAGUGAUGAGCAUUCGGAUGAGGAAGUAUCUCCCGCGACUCCUGCAGCCCGGAAACCAAAACCAUCAACCGCGGAGGAUUUAGUACCAGAUGAUGUUAUGCGGGUCGAUUUUGAAGCCAGUGCGGAUGGACUUGAGGGGAUGCCGAAUUCUGAGACGCCGGGUCAUGAACAGGAACCUCCAAUUUUGAGUGCCGCGCCCGAAGGACAACAGCCGCUACAACGCGCACACAGUGAGGACGUGUUGUGUCAACAACGCGCUACAGCUGACGCCCGACAACAAGUUUCGGGCGGAAGUAAACAAGUGCAAGAGUUUACCAACCUGCCAGCUGCCGGCGGCAGUGCUGCGACAACGACACGACCGCGUCUCAAAGAAUCCACAAAAACUUCGGGACCUCAAAACGCCCCACGACGAAGGCUCAAUCCACAGCCAAAUCUCUCCGCUCCUCGCAACAAGGGAAAUUCCACUUCCUCGCAAGCGGAUAUAGUAUCCCGAAAUAUUAGUUAUGAAAUUGUGAGGGAACGAUCCGGUGAUGACAACAGCAAAGAACUCGGCGAAGCCCAUCCUCCACAGUAG